AUGAGCUCAUUAGUUGACCUUAUCAAACUAUUAAAAUCAGCAAUAGAUAAACAGAUAGAAGAGCUUAAUAGGUUUAAACAGGCAGGAUAUCUUUCGAAUAUCAUCGAUUCUACAGAUUGGAGUAAAAACAAAGCCAAGAACAUUGUUGACUAUUUCAUCAACCAACUCGAAUCAAUUAAGGCUGAAACUCUUAAUCUGUCUAAGUGGCUUUCUGAGCAACAAGAUGAUUCAAUUGUACAUCCAGCGCGCUAUUUUUCAGUUCUUUCGCAGUAUGACGAUUUUAUUGUUGAAGCCAUUUCUAUCAAUAAUGGAGCACCUAAAGGUAAAAAACCAGACUCUUUUAUUCCAUUUACAAAAGUCUUAGAAAACAAGCAUGCUAAGCUUCCUUCUGUUCAAGAUAAAAAUUGGCAAAACAACCUUCCUCAAAUUUACCUUGUUGCCCGUGAAUUCGGAAAAUACUCAAGAGACGCUAAAGAACCAAAAGAACCCGAACAAACAGAGUUACUCAAGUUUGAUGAAUUCAUUGACGGAUACUCCGAGUACUUAAACAUUGUCAAUAAUCAAAUUGAAAUCAAGAGACUGGCAAGAAAGGUUUAUCUCUACUAUUUGAAGCAGAGAAUGCAACAGAAGAAGCCCCACUAA